AUGUUCUUCCGGGGAUCCCUCCGCAACCUCCCAUCCGCAUUCCGCUCCGCACGCCGUGGUGCGGCGUCGAUGGCCUCGGCCUCGACUCACGCCGGCUCGGGGUCGGGGUCGCAUGGCUCGCGGCGCCUUCUCUGGGCAGCGGUGCCCGCCGCGUUCGUGACCGGCGCGGCCCUCACAUACGGUCGCAGCACCGAUGACGACGCGGCCACCGCCCGCUCCAACAUUGCCAGCAUCCCCACCACCGAUCUUGUCCGCGCCUACCUCGUCUACACCGCCUGCGGGAUUCCGGCCCUCGUCGACGCUGCGCCUGUCCUCCUCGACGCCUUUGCAAAGUCGCCGAUCCCAGGUAUUUCGGCUGUCGCCAACGCGGUCAUUCGUCGCACAUUCUUCAACCAGUUCGUUGCUGGCGAAGACCUUCCCGAGACUAUGGAGACUAUCUCGCGCUUGAACUCGCGUGGCAUCGGCGGCCUCCUCAACUAUGGUGCUGAGGCCGAUCUCGGCGAAGGUAACGCCAACGACACGAGCAUGCUCCACGAGCACAACUACCGCCAGGAUGUAAUGGCGGUCGAGGCGCUCGGUGAGUACGAGCGACUUGUCGCUAAGGCCGGCGGCAAGACGGGCUCGUCUCAAUUCGCUGUGAAGAUCUCUGGUCUCAUUGACUAUGCUGUCCUUGAGCGCGCAUCGACCACGCUCUGCCGCCUCCGCCCUGUGGCCAACGACCAGCCCCAGACGGCGAGCAUUACUGAGAUCCCCUUCCCUGGCGUGCCGCAGCGGUCCGACGCGGCCAUCAUUGCUCCAGCUGCCAACGCGACCGCCGUCGUUCCCACCAUCGGCGCCUUUGAUCCUCAGGGCAUCCUCGCCACGGACCUCAACGUGACCGACGCCGACAUGGUUGAGCUCAACGAGUUUUGGCGCAAGAUGCGCUCGCUUGGUGCCCUGGCGCGUGACAAUGGCGUCAAGCUUCUCAUCGAUGCCGAGCACGCCGAGACCCAGCCUGCGAUGGACGCUCUCACGCUCCUCAUGUCGCAGGAGUUUAACCGCCCUGAAGCUGGCAAGCCGUUCACCGGCCCCAUCGUUUUCGGGACGUACCAGAGCUACCUCGCGCGCGCCCCGUACCUCCUCGACGCAAUGAUCGCGGACGCUGAGGCGAACGGGUACGCGUUGGGCGUCAAGCUCGUGCGUGGUGCCUACAACGUUGCCGACUCGACGCGCUGGAUCAAGGAGGGCCGCAGCGGCACCAACCCUAUCUGGCCCAACAAGCCUGCUACCGACCUGGCCUACAACUCGUCCGUGUCCAAGAUCGUUGACACGAUGGCGCGCCAGCUCGACGGCCCCAACCCCGAACUCGCCGUCUCAGCCGUGUACGCGACCCACAACCCCAAGAGUGUCGAGCACGUCCUGAACGAGCUGGAGCGCACUGGCCUCGCCAGCCGCCAGGUCCCAAAGGCGGUUGAGGAGCACAUGGCGACGUCCGUCCCCGCUCUUGUUCUUCGUGACGACGUGCGUGGCAAGGUCUUUGUCGCUCAGCUCUACGGCAUGCGUGAUGACCUGACUGACAAGGUCGCCGAGACGCUUGACAGCGACGGCCUCCCUGUUGCGCUCAAGUACAUCGCCUACGGCAAGUACGAGGAGGUGCUUCCUUACCUUGCCCGCCGCGCGAUGGAGAACAAGAGCGUCAUGACUGGCGAAGGUGGUGCUGCGAUGGAGCGCAAGCGCGUCAUCACCGAGCUGUGGCGCCGCUGGACUGGCGGCCCGGCUACCAAGGCGUGA